AUGGCAGAAGAAUAUAAUACUUCGACUGGUUUGCCCAUGGCAACUGCUGUAGACAAUACAGAUACGAGAGUGGCCAGUAAAGAUGAAGAUAAGACAUCAACUGUUGAUGAAAAUGGUUAUGAAUCUGAAUGUAGUUCAAGUUCGAGAAGUGAACACGAUGUAGCUUGUUCGGCACUUGAAAUUGAAGCUGAUGCAUUUACAAGAUUUAUCGAACGACAACGUCUUGAAGUCAUGUUUGAACUGCGCCGUAUACGUCUAGGUGAACGACCAGUAACCGGACAAGAUAAUCGAGACCGAAUCGCAACAUUUCUUAAUAAUAUUCACGAACGUCAACAGGUACCAAGAGUUCCAUCGACGCGACCAGUAGUACCGAGCGCUCAUAUAGCUGAUAUUAAUUCACUAACUAAUCGUCGAUGUGUAUCUGCAGCUUUAAGUAGUGCUGCUUUUCGGCAAGAUCUAGAAAAUACUAUUCGUCAAACCAUUGGAAUCCGACCAGUAGAGCCAGUGCAACGAGUUUCGCAAGCACCAACUUUGCCACAAGUUUUAGCUACGGUAAAUGUUGAACCACAACAACAGCAGCCACAGACACCUCCAACGAUGCCUCAACCGUUAAUCGAACAGCAACAGCCACCACGUGAAGUAUUGAACGUUGUCAGGCAAGAAAAUGAAUUCGACGCAUGGCAAGCUAUAACACAGUUACAACGUGAAAGAAUUGUGUUAGAUAUUAGCGAUCUUGUCCAUCGACAAUUAGUAACAAGUGCUUUGGAAAGUGAUUUUCGUGUGCAUCUCGAACGAAAUGUUUUAAAUCGCUUGGAAGGCGCAGCACCUGUUCAACAACAACCGCAACAACAACAACAGCGCGUAGCUCCCGCGGCUGCAGUACCAAUCAUUCGUCCUCCACUACCACGAGCUAAUAUUCGCGCACCUGCUUCAAAUAUUGAUGAAUUAUCAACACGACUUGAUUCAAUGCAACAAAUGAUUCAACUUAUGUUUACAAUGCAAAUGGAUAUGCAAAGAUUAUUGCGUCAAGAUGUAGCCAGUGCUUUAGCUAAUAGUUCUACAUCGGCUAUAAAUCCACCAACUCAACCAGUACAGGCUGGUCAUUGUACCGUUUGCUUAAGUGCCAUCGCUGAUACAGUUCUAUAUCGUUGUGGUCAUCUUUGCGUUUGUUAUAUGUGUGGAUUACAACUUCAACAAGCUACAUCAGCAAAUGCUUGUAAAUGUCCUAUAUGUCGAGCUCCUGUUGAUGAUAUUCUUCGUGUUUAUCGAAGUAGUCGUGAUGGAGAAUAA